AUUUUAACAGUCACUACUGAAGCUGGAGGAGUGGACUAGGUGAAAAAAAAAUGUUAGUAUCACGUCUGGCUUCCCAGUUAGUGAAGGCUUCACGAGUUGCAGGACACCUUUGGCCAAGGUCAGUCUCAUCCGUUCUUUAUUCUCAUUCUGCAUCUGCCAAGUACAGCACUCAGCCCUCUAAUAAGAAUGGAGCUCAGUCUCAGCAGUGGCACACGCAGGACCCUGACCUGGAAGAGAUGCUGGUUCCCAGGAAACUUUCCAUCAGCCCCUUGGAAAGCUGGCUCACAGUUAGAUACUCUCUUCCUAAAGCAGAAAUAGUCAAUACUCAGGAAAAAGUAGAUUAUGAGCCUGUCCAGCAAUAUGACUGCCCAGCAGCUGAUGUGGGAGCUGAUGUGGAAGAAGAAGGAACACUUCUCGGCAACAAACUGGAAUGUAAGAACGUUUUGAAGAUCCGCAGGAGGAAAAUGAACCGGCACAAGUACAAAAAGCUGCUCAAGCGGCGAAAGUUUGUGCGGAGGAGGAUAAAGGAAGGCCGCAAGAAGAAACGUCAGUUAAAGUUUGAGAAAGAUUUGCAGCGCAUCUGGAGAAGAGCUGGUUUGAAAAACCCUCCUGAAGGAUGGCAAACACCCAAGAUAUUUUUGAAGAGCUCAAAGCGAUAAAAAUGCUUGUAAUGAGUUUUGACAUAUAAUUUUAAUUAAAAAAUAUUUAAG